GACGGGACGGUAGGGAAGCGUGAGGCCCGCGAUUCCACGGUCGUGUGGCUAAUUGCUAUACUAUCAGAGAAUCCCGUGCUUGAUGUGAGACCUCCCUCAUUCCUUGCAGUGGACGGGAAUCCCAUGUCAUUGCGCUGUCUCUGUGUCCCUCUUAUUGCUGAUUGUUCGUGUUCUUCUCUUCUCUUUCUUUCUUUCUUUUCGGUUUCCUUUUUCUUUUUUCCCUCCUCAGCUGUGCCGUAUCUACAUGUUAUCGAUAUCCGCUGCACGAGGCCUGCGCAAAACAUCCCACCCCGGCCACCCCGGCCACCUAUUAUACCUAUCAGCUCCCUCCUCACCCUAUUGGCGCCCAAACGACGGACUGUUGUUUCGUUUCUUCUCGACAGUGGCGUUCGUCCCGCCAGGGGCUUUCUGUCAGGACCUCUCCGGCUCCCAUCAAGGGGUCCCUGCUUUAUAUCCGACAGUUGUCCGGGUCCUCUUUGUCUCAUUCCCAUUCUCUCUUUCUCCCUUCCCCGUUGUCGUCAUCGUGACAUUCCCUAUUCCGGGGUCUCUUUGUACCGCGGAACCGAUACAAUAUUCCCUCUUGUCAUCUUUUUAGCUUUGAUAGCCGUGACCAGUCGUUCCUUUUCUUUCGAUUCUACCGCGCUUGUUCUGUGUUCCAGGACAACUUCGACAUUCCGUUCAAAGGCCCAACAGCAUCAACGACACCGACGACUUCAAAACUGCGAGACACAUCCUUUCAUCCUAGCUACAGCAGACUUCGAGUUGGACUUCUCACGGGAUACCGUUCUUCUGCCUCUUUCUUGUCACGGACCGGCGUGACCCGAGGUUUCUGUCCCGGCAGACUGUCAACCCGCCUGUCCUGAUCUUCACCUGAUACACCAACCGUCUUGGAUUCUUGCCUUUCAACCCUGCGCCACGCGGAACCGCAAGCUCUGCUGCGUAUCCCUGCUGUUGCCCUACACACCACGCAUUCAGAUCCGACCUGUUGCUCGCUCGUCUUUCCUGAUAAAGAAUCGGGCUCUGUUUG